AACACGAAGACCAUAUUCAUUAAAAUUUGCAUACCGCCACCGGUUUCGAAAUCAGUCAGCGUUCGUCGGUUAUCGAUGCAAGUUUGCCAGUAUUGUUGCUAAGGUUUAUUCAAAUAUUUUCUACCGAACCUCAAGUCAAGUGAAUUAUUAUGAAACAGAUAGUAGUUAUAGGGGCGGGAGUGAAUGGGCUCAGUGCGGCGGUCCAGUUAGCCGAGCAUUACUAUGGGGUGGCUACGGUGACCUUGAUUUCGGAACAUGUUACCCCCAAUACUACCGGUGAUGGAUCGGCGGGUCUGUGGGGUCCGUACUACUGCGGAAAGACACCGGACCAUAAGAUUGUUCAAUGGUCCAGUGCCACCCAUCGGUUCUUCCACGAGCUAUGGAAAAACGGCCUAGCCGCUCGAAUCGGCAUCAGCUUGCAACCGUGCGUCCGCCUUACAACCGAUCCCGCCGGCUAUCAGGACCCCUGCUGGAAGGAUAUCGUAUUCGGAUGCAGUAAAUUGAGCCGACAGGAACUAGAUCGACUAAGCUUCGAACAUGGUCGACCGUAUACAGGAGGGUAUCAGUUUGCAACUUUUACCUGUGAACCUACUGGUUUGUUGCCGUAUUUGUUCAAUCGGUUUGUCAAUGUGGGCGGCAAGUUUGUGCAGGCCAAAGUGGACAGUUUGGAUGGGGUGUCUUCGCUGCAGGGUAGACGCGUCGAUAUGAUCGUCAACUGUACCGGGUUGGGAUCGCUGGAAAUGCUGGGAGAUAGAGAAGUACUUCCGAUUAGAGGCCAGGUGGCAAGGGUAGUUGCACCAUGGCUUUUUGAGAUUGUCUUGGACGAUAGCGAUGAUGGCAAUUAUGUGAUACCGAAUACUGAGACCGUUGUUCUUGGAGGAACUCAUCAGAUGAAUGACUUCAACCGAACUCGUAACCUCGAGGAUAGCAAAUUUAUAUUGGAUGGAUGCGAGCGAAUGAUGCCAAGUUUGAAGAGAGCUACAAAAAUUAAAGAAUGGGUUGGUUUGAGGCCAGGAAGGAGUAGCGUCAGGCUGGAGUUGGAACACGUGAAAGCCGGUAACCAGACCGUUCCAGUCAUCCACAAUUACGGCCACGGAGGUUGUGGAGUAACUUUGUGCUGGGGCUGUGGAAACGAAGUUCUCGAGUUAAGUAAGGGUCUUAACCUAGACACUGAAACGCGAUCAAAAUUGUAAAUCUGGUUGAUUCGGACUGCUUAGAACAACACAAUUGCCUUUAUAAAUACGUUAGAAUCGUAAAAUUCAUAUAUGUUUGUAUUUGUAUAAUAGACAUCGUAGAUUAUUACAAUAAAAAUCAAAUAAGUAUCUCGUUUCUUGGAGAUAUACAUGUGUACGUUCAACUCUAAA